UUAUUAAAAGAAAAAACCCCCCAAUUUCGCAAAAAAGUCGCCCUAAUUUCUUUCUCCGACCUUUAAAUCUCCUCGCGGGGGAAGUGCUCAAGAGAUCCCCCACGUCCGAUCCAGAGAACCCCUAGGGUUUCUCCUCCCACACGUUGAUUUCGAGGGUUUUCCGACGUUGUCAAUUACCCUUUUGAGGUGACCUCUUUGAAGGCUAAUUCGGCGGUGGGAUUGUUCUUUUAUGGCCUUUGAAUGCAAGGACAAUAUAGGAUACUCGUCACCCAACAAUUGCAACUCUAGUUCCUGGGACAAAGAACCUGUUUUGGUGAAUCCGAAAACGCAACUGUAUAAUCUUUGUGCAACUACAACAGCAAAUUCAAGUAGAAAACACCAUAGCAAAUCAAUCAUUUCGCAACCCGUUUCCGCGCUCCCUUCGGAGCAGGUUGACUCUAAAUCUAACAGCAACACUACCGCCGACGAUUCGGCUCGAAAUGGCAACAAACGAUCGUUUAAUGAUCUCCCUCCUGCCUUAGUCUGUGAGAUCCUCCAAUGCCUCGACGCGAAGGAGCUCGGGAUUGUUUCUUGCGUCUCGACCCUUCUUAAUAGCCUAGCGUCGGAUCAUCAUGGCUGGAAGAACUUCUACUGUGAAAGAUGGGGCAUGCCUCCACUUUUGUGCUCGAAGUCAGUCCCCGUGUCGGGGACCUCGGUUGAGAAGUCGUGGAAGGACAUGUUUGUGGAGCGGGAGUUCAGGAGCAGAUCGUUCAUGGGGAGGUAUAGCAUUGAUGUUCUCCAUGGACACACGGAAGCUGUUCGUGCCGUAUUUCUCCUCCAGUCCGCGAAGCUCAUAUUUACCGCUGGGUACGAUUCGGUGGUUCGCAUGUGGGACAUGGAAGAAGGGCUGUCGAUUGCGGCGUCCCGCUCUCUCGGUUGCACCAUCCGAGCUAUCGUAGCUGAUUCUAAGCUUCUAGUGGCCAGUGGGACUGAUGCCUUCCUCCAGUGCUGGCAAGCCGUUGAAGGGAACACACAUCUUUUUGACAUCACUGGGAGCACUGCAGACCCUAGUGUCGAAUUCCGCCUCUGGGGGCACGAAGGCCCUGUGACUUGCCUUGCCUUGGACUCCGCACGAAUCUAUAGUGGCUCAUGGGAUAUGAGCAUUCGAGUAUGGGACCGGUCUCGGAGGAAGUGCUUGAGAACAUUGAAGCACGGGGAUUGGGUAUGGGCUCUUGCCCCUCGCGGAUCCACCAUUACUAGCACAGCUGGAAGAGAUGCAUACAUUUGGGAUAUUCAGAGUGGUGAACCAAUUACCGUAAUUAGUAAUGCCCAUGUGGGUAAUGCUUUUUCCUUGACCCGUUCACACUUGGGGAAUCUGCUAUUCACUGGAGGCGAAGACGGUACCAUUCACAUGUUUGAGAUCAACGAAGACUGCGACUGUGACGAUAUUAAGCCUGCUGUCACUUGGGUCCCGCACACUGGUCCUGUUCAUUCUCUCACUUUUGAGUAUCCAUGGCUUGUUUCCGCUGGUGGUGAUGGCCGAAUUGCACUGAUCGAUGUGAGAAAACUUCUAAUUCCCAGCCAGAAGUCUUCAUUGAGUAAAUUUUCUGGGGUUUCAAGAGUUAAGCAGUCGGCUCUAGGUGCAGUAGAGCCACCGCAGAGGAUGCUUAGUGUUCAUGGAUUUGGGUGCAACCUCUUCUCUGUGGACAUUGGAGCAGAUAGGAUUGUAUGUGGCGGUGAGGAGGGUGUUGUUAGGGUUUGGAACUUCUCAGAAGCGCUCGAGAUUGAGAAGAGGGUUCGAGCCCUUAGAAGUGUUAGGCUGGAGAAUAGGAUGAGGCGGCGCAAGGCCCAAAUAGAGAUUAACGGUAAUGGUGGAAAAGGCGAUCAGUGUUCCGUCGCUGCUAAAAGGAACCAAUUGAAUGCGGACAGAAACGGCGUUUGGCACAGCAAACGUGGGGUCAGUGGCAAACUCAAGGCUUAGGUUGGGGUUUUCCGAUGUGCUCACUCUCUGAUUGUUCUGUAGAUUAGGUUUUGAUUUGAACCUUUCCUGUUGUUGUCGGUAGUUCAACGAUUUCCUACUUUUGUGUGUUGGUACUUCAAUUCAACCAGUCCAUAGUCCAAUUAACACAUUGCUAUUUUCAUUACGUUUAAUCUCCUGCAAAUUACUAUUCCUUUUCUAA